CCGGUGCUGCUGCUGCUGCUGUUGGGAUCAGGAAUUCCAGGAAUUCUGGGAAAUUUGGGAAUUCCGGGAUUUUCGGGAGUUUCGGGGAUUGAGGCGGCGCCGGCCCCGGGCAGGAACCGCGGGGAGAUCCCAGCUCCCUCCCGGCGCCGCCCUCGCUCCGUGGCCGCCUCCCCGUGGCUCCGCUGGGCUCCGUUCCGCGGCUCCGUCCCCGCCGACGCCGUGUCCAGCCCCGAGCCCGUCUCGGGCCGCGCCGCCUUCGUGUGCUCCACGCGCGCCCACGGCUGCAACGUGGGCUCCUUCGAGCCCGCCCGCGGCCCCUUCUGCUCCUACCCCUGGGACGAGCGGGAGCUGCGCGGCGCCGACUUCCAGCUGCUCCUCAACCCCGGCGGCUUCGAGGCGCUGCACUGGGUGGAGGAUUCCUUCGGCGGGACGCCGCCGGGAGCCGUCGAGGGCUGUCCCCUGACCGACGUGUUCGUGGGCCGCAGCCCCCAGGGGCUGGGCAAGGUGUCCAAGGAGCAGCAGGCGCUCUUCGUGCCCGUGGAGGGCGAGGAGCUGUGGUACAAGUGGUACCAGGUGCUGGCCGUGCGCCAGGAUGCUGUGGGCGUCUCCAUCGCCGACGUGUCCUACAACGGCAGCGCCGCGCUGGAGAGCGCCGAGGAAGAGGAGCUGGCCGAGGUGCUGGCCAGGAACGAGGGCUGCCAGGCGGCCUCCAAGGUGGUGACCAUGGAGGAGGCCACCGAGGCGGAGCGGGGCUGGAGCGCCGCGCUGCCGGCGUUGGCGGCCGCCCGCGGGGUUCUCCGCGCGCCCCCCGUAAUCCUGACGGAGCCGCGCGGGUGGGACGUGGGCAACGCCACCGCCGUGCCGUGGGUCGGCGGCGCCGCCGUCACCGAGUUCGUGUCGCGGGCGCACCGGGCGCGGCAGGAGAUCCCGGCGCGCUCCGAGUGCUCCGUGCUGCUCCGGGGGCUCCGGCGGCGCCUCCGGGUCCCGUUCCGGGCGCGGCUGACGCGGGAGUUCCACUCGGGGCCCCCGCACCGCGUGGACGUCGCGGGGACGGCGUGGAGCGCCGGCGUCACCGGCGCCCGCGUGGAGCUGGGGAGGUGCCGGCGCAUCGCCGGGCUGCCGCCGUGCCCCGGAAAUUGA